CUUGGCCCACAGGCAUAUAACCAUAUCGUACUUAUGACAGUUCAACCGAUAAUUUAGUCUCGAGUGGAGCAUAUUUUCAAAGGAUUUCCAAAAUGAAACACCAACAAGUUACAGUGGACUAUUGGACGAUGUUCAAGACAUCCGGAAUGUGUCUUUUGCUGGCCGUUUGCGGAUUUGUGCUUCUGAAAAUGGUGCAGACCAUUUUCUGGCUACCCGGACAUCUGAAGAAGAACCAGCAGCGCCUUGAGGAAUUGGCCAAAAUCUACGCCAAGGAUAUAACCGAGGAAGAGAGGGCCGAGAUCGAGAAGCUGUUCAACAGUAAGGAGCCGGUGACUGAAGAACGCAUCAACCAGUUGCUCGACAAGCCAGAGACUUUAGAGCCCAAAAAGGAGCAAUAGUUAAAUAAAUUUAUUUUUCACUUGUUUUUUAUAUAUAUAUAUUUAUGUAUAUUGAGUGUAUAAUCGAUAAUUUGUUGAUACAGGUUGUAGCUCUUACUUGCAUAUCGUAUAUGUAACUCGCAACGCAAUCAAUCGUUUAACCAAUCCAUCAAUAAUGCAUGUAACGCUCAAUUAUUCAGGGGGGACAACAUAUAUAAUAAUAACUAUUCACGAAAAUCGCUCGUCUGUUACAAGUUAUAAACAUAUUAGCUACUGAUAUAGGCGGACUCAGAGCCCUUUCCUGCUUCAAAUCGGUCGUUCCUGGCGGCCAAUCGAUUUUGCCAGCGAACUCGACACCUCAACCUCUGAAUGUAUCUAACUAACAAACUCAUAUCAAAUAUAAGCAAGUGCGCCAAUUCGUAUGCAUACCGUGGACAUAUA